AUGCGCAUAACGCGAUACUCGCGUUCAAGCGGUAGAGGUGAUUACCAUCAUCGUUUACCUGCGAAAUCGUAUCGCAGGCGCGGUGGCCAUGAUGAUCAGCUUCCGCGGGAGCUCACAGGUCACAAUCUACCCAACGUGCACAGCACAUACCAUGGACACGAGCGACGAAACCGGGCGCAUUCGCCGGACGAAAGGUUGUUGGACUGUCGCGAACGGUUCACAAAACGACAGUCCCGUGAACGGUAUCGAACUACUCUUGAUGACUAUUCUCGACACAGUGCCAGCCGCGAACGCAGUUUGUCGUCCGUGCUGAGCGAUAUAAGCUCUGGAAGUAGUUGCUUCGGGACGGUCCGAGCGAGCGAAGCGUACGGAAGUCCCGUGUACGAGGAUCUCACCGAUGAUGAUAUCUGUUCGCUGGAGCAAGCAUUGACGGAAUCAUCGAUGAACUUGUCCGUCGCACCGCCCCCAAUGGUGAAGCACAAGAAGCGCAAGAAAGACAAGCGAAAAAAGGAAAAGUCCCGGGAGCGGGAACGCAAGCGAGCGAAAAAGGAUAAGCGACGUCAGAAGGAAAUCCUCGAGGAGCGCAUCUGCCCGCCCGAACAUGAGGUUGCACAGUCAAAGGAGAUUUUCGCUUCCGGACAAAACAUUCUGGUCAGCCUUAGCUUUAUCGACAAUGAGAAAGGCAAGGAACGGAGCGACCGACACAAGAAAAGCAAGCGAAAGAAAGCCAAGCGAGAGAAGAACCGCGAAAAGUUGAUCGUCACCAAAGAGGAGCUCGUAUCGGAAGCAACGCCAUCAGCUCGAAGUCCUCAGCGGGACAGUCCCAGUCCAUCCCGGGCACACGAUACGGAAGAAGUGAAAGAGAAGUACAAUCUAAAGCUGCAAUCUGCGCAAUCCGAGCAGGAAAAGAAACUGGAGUUGCAACAGCAACAACAACCGCAGCUGCAGCAGCAACUUGAUCAGCCUCAGUCAACGACACACCAAUCACCCCAGCAAAAUCAACCACCUUCGAAGAAAAAGAAGCUAGAUCCGGGCGUCAAACCGGUGAUGGUCAUAGAUCUGGAGCGGUCGCCCAGUGGCCAGGUGAUAUCCAGUCCGAAAGAAGUAAUCGUGCUAAGCGACGAAGAGAGCAAGCAACGAGCUGCGCAACGGUCCGGCCGAGAAGACGGCAAGACGAACGAUAUCGAUCUGAGUAAUCGCGGUCCCAACACGCCUCCCGAGCCCGCCCCGAAAUCCCCGGAUUCGUACGAUCCGUUUGAACCAACUAAAUCCACCUCGAGUACUGGCAUUUCGCGGCACGAUCUGGGCAGCAUAUCCUCGCUCAGUUUCCUGGACCACCACCAUCCCCAUCCGGACGAUCAGAAGGAAGCGAAAAGCGAUUUCCAUCACCAUCCGCUCGCGUCACAUAACAGCAUGCAGCAUCAUCAUCCGCAUCAUCUGCACGGACACCACAGCCACCAUCACCAUGGUCAUGGUGUGCAGGAACGAUUGCAGACGGAACCAAUGAGUGGUUGCGGCGGACUCUUUGGCACCGACGAGGGUGUGCUUGAUCUUCAUCCCGAGUCGCCCCUUGAGAAAAUGGACGUCGCCAACAGCAGUCCAUCGCGCACUGGGGGUACGGGGCUCCCGUAUCAUCAUCAUCACCACCAUCACCUACCCCAUCUGCACUCGCAUUCGUCGCCAAUGAAAGCGAUCAUCAAGUCGAUGCCGAAAAAGCUGCUCGCUUCCGGUGGAGGUGGACGCGAUUCACGAUCUCACGGUGGGGUAGGGAAACCGAACGCAUCCGGUACCACUGUUGGCCAACAGGGUGCCAGCGGGGGUGGUGCGACAACCAGCGGAGGUGUUCCGUUCGAGGACGACCUGAACGAUGGUGAUAUUUCACCCUAUUCGCCCCGUUCGAGCGAUUGCGAUGAGCAGUUGUUCGAACCGCCAAACCACGACGGUAACGGGGAAACGCAAACGAUCGCCCUGACGGUGGACAACCUGAGGAAGGUGUUCGGGAACGAUCCGAAAACGUUGUACGGGGACCUGCGCAAAAGCUUCCAGCACCGAUCGGUAAUAGCGGUGGAUGAAAUGUACAAACCUCACAAAAUGACUCUCGAAAUGCUGGACGAAAUACCCGAUUCAGCCGUGGACAUGCAGGUGAAGGAGAAGCUCAUCAAAAAGCUCCAACGCCAGGAGCGGAUCGUUGAAGAGGUGAAACAUUUUCUCAAACCGCACUUCAACAAAAAACGCAUCGAUAAAGACGAGUACAAGGAGAUCAUGCGAAAGUCUAUUCCCAAGAUAUGCCACAGCCGGUCGGGGGAAAUCAAUCCAGCUAAAAUUCAAGCCCUCAUUACGGCUUACGUAAAGAAAGCAAUCGCCAAACGGAAGCUGAUGGGAGGCGAAGGGUCCGCUUCCGGUACACCGAUGGUUAGCACCAGUGGUUACGGCCUUCCACCUGCGUCGACAAACACAGCGCCAGCAGCAACACUUCCGCCGGUGAUGCUGCUGAACCGUUAA